UACAAAAUUUGUAUAUAACUACACCUCUUGUCAUUUACUUUAUUUUGGAGAAACAUGAUUGAGUUUGUGAACAGCCAUGUAUUUGGUCACGAGUGGUCCAACAUCACACAGGCCAACUGGCAGAAGUAUCCCAACGAACAUAGCCCCCAUAUUAAUUCAGUAGACAUCGUUGAACGCAAAGUCACCGGUCCUGGUAUUCUGGAUACUGUCCGGCUCAUUGGAUGCAAGCAACAGGUUCCCUACUUAUUGCGACGCCUGGUUGGUAGUGCAGACGACGAAGCGUAUGUCUACGAAACAUCGAAGGUUGAUGUGCCCAACAGAACCAUGAAGUUGGUUUCAAGAAACGUGACCUUCAGCAAACUGGUGACUGUGGACGAAACCUGCACGUACACGCCCAACCCCAUUGAUGAAAGCACCACACUAUUCGAGCAGCGCGUGAGAAUCACAGCCAUCGGAGUGCCGGGUUGGAUAGUGAAUAGUGUAGAGGCGGUCAUGGCUGACAAUUAUAAGAAGACUGCUUCCAAAGGACGCAACGCGCUGAAUGAGGUGUGUGACAUGGUGGUGCUGUCUCCGUUCUCUGUGGUCGAGCAUAUGAUGGAGGAAGCAAGAGAUGAGAUGCAGAAGAUGACCUCAGACUUCAGCCGGCGUGCGUCUGAGAGGCUCAGCUCGGUGUUUGAUUGGGAUAGCAAACCCGGCAAGAGCGGGCAACCCGAGAGUGCGGAGGCGGAUACAAAAGAGGAAAGGAAGUAGAUGCUGGGGUUAAUUUUAGCGACAGAACAAGCAGCCUUUUCUUCCAUAUGCUUGUGUUGAAGUGCUGUGCCUGGACAGUCACACGGUCACAGUCACACCACGCCAAACAUGUCAGUUGCACGGUAUACGCCUGUCAUGCGGGGUGUCUCGAUAUUGUACUAUCGUAGCUUAAUUUGCCCAUUUUAUGUGUAAGACACAUCCGCAAUCAUGAUAGGGCGACAUCGAAAUCAUCAUAUAUACCAUAUACUUACAGAAGCAUUAUAUAUUACAUAUACUUUCAGAAGCAUCUUAUAUUCCAUAUACUUAUCGCGCCUGUUUCUCCGCACAUCACUUACAAGUGUGACUCGUGAACAGCCACUCAUCCGGCGUGCUGUGGAAGUUUAACUGCGCGAUACUCCAGGGUUUUAAGGUUUUAUGCUAUACUCCGGGCUCGCACGAGCAGUUCUAGCGGUACAACUACCACCUCAGUGCUUGCAGCAUCUCAGCGCUAAGGUGGGUGGCACUGUAAUAUCUCGACCAACUCAGCCACCCGCCAGUGUUUGCACUGAAGCGGUGACUCUACCAUUCUAGCAGAUGUUAAAGUGUGAAAGUAAGACAGCUGAGCUGUUGUAAGAUCUCAAUCAGAUGUCUUCACACCGCCUGUGAUAAAAUCGUAUAAUGGGCUCCCUUCGAGAUAGUCAUGUGGGAAGUGUACAGCAAUGAGUAUCCAGCACGCGAGUGAAUAUAUCCGAGUGGCCUUUGCUUCCUGCCCUCGGCCUGAGAGUUGAUUUAAAUCACACAGUGGAGCGUAUGUAAAUUGUACGAUAGCACCUAAAUAAAAGAAAGUGUGUCUUUGGUCUGAUUUUUC